AUGCGUGAGGAAAUGUCAAAAAAAACCUAACUCUUUUAUUUAAAUAUCCAUUAAUAAAUAUAUUAAUUAUAAUAGUAAAUAGUGAUCUAGCUCGUUAACUUAGAAGACAUCAAAUAAAAAAAGAAAGAUACUAAAAAAUAAAUUAAAUAAAAAUUAAUUAUUUAUAAAUCAAUGAAAAAAAGAAAAAUUAAUCUAAAAAGAAAUAAAAAAGUCCAAACAAAUUCAAAUUAAAUAAAGAAAAAAGUAAAAAUAUAAAAAAUAAUAAUAAAUAAGCUAAAACAAAAGCAAAAAAAUAUAAAAAUAAAUUGA